UUGAGUUCCGGGACCGGAGUGCCAGGGCCUUUUGGCUUCUGCAGUCUGUACCUUUUUCAGCAGUGGAAGUACCUCGGUGGAGUCUCCAAUGCGUUAUUGUUUUCUUGUUACAGUUAUUUAUUUUACUUCCUGUGAUGUUUCAGCCUCAUGCCUUCACCUUUUUUUUUGUUGUUGUUGUUGUUGUUUUUGAGACGGAGUCUCGCACUGUCGCCCAGGCUGGAGUGCAGUGGCGCGAUCUCGGCUCACCGCAACCUCCGUCUCCCGGGUUCAAGCGAUUCUCGUGCCUCAGCCUCCCGACUCCCUUCACUGUUUUUUGAAACUUUGUGUUUUGCUUUUUAAUUGGAGUAACUGGCCUUGGAACCUGUAGUCAGUCGUUUGCCUCAGGUUUACCUGCCAGUCCCAUCCGUCUAAAGCAAGGGAAUUCGACCCCCUUGUCUUGAAUGGGCCUAAGAGGAGCCGUCAGUUCUCCUUUUCCCUUCUUGGUGGACAGCCGUUUAAAACUUGGAGUAUGGACUGUUAUGUUCUUAGAUGUUUUCGUUCAGUGGACAAAGUGAUGAUCUGGGACAUAUCAACUGCAAGUCUGCCUUCUUCCUUGGUUGACUCUGGAGAUGUUUCACAAAGCAGAAGAAUUCUUUUCUAAAACAACAAACAAUGAAGUGGAUGACAUGGACACAUCAGAUACCCAGUGGGGCUGGUUUUACUUGGCAGAAUGUGGGAAGUGGCACAUGUUUCAGCCGGAUACCAACAGUCAGUGUUCAGUUAGCAGUGAAGAUAUCGAAAAAAGCUUCAAAUCAAACCCUUGUGGCUCCAUUUCUUUUACUACUUCCAAAUUCAGCUACAAGAUAGACUUUGCAGAAAUGAAGCAAAUGAAUCUCACCACUGGAAAGCAGCGCUUAAUAAAAAGAGCCCCCUUUUCUAUCAGUGCUUUCAGUUACAUCUGUGAAAACGAGGCCAUCCCUAUGCCACCACACUGGGAGAAUGUGAACACUCAAGUACCAUAUCAGCUUAUUCCUCUGCACAGUCAAACACAUGAAUAUAAUGAAGUUGCUAAUCUCUUUGGGAAAACGAUGGAUCGCAACCGAAUUAAAAGAAUUCAGAGAAUUCAAAACCUAGAUUUGUGGGAAUUCUUUUGCAGGAAAAAGGCUCAGCUCAAGAAAAAAAGAGGUGUGCCUCAGAUUAAUGAACAAAUGCUAUUUCAUGGUACCAGCAGUGAAUUUGUAGAAGCAAUCUGCAUUCAUAACUUUGAUUGGAGAAUAAAUGGUAUACAUGGUGCUGUCUUUGGAAAAGGAACCUAUUUUGCUAGAGAUGCUGCUUAUUCCAGUCGUUUCUGCAAAGAUGACAUAAAGCAUGGAAACACAUUCCAAAUUCAUGGUGUCAGCUUGCAACAGCGGCAUCUGUUUAGAACAUAUAAAUCUAUGUUUCUUGCUCGAGUGCUAAUUGGAGAUUACAUAAACGGAGACUCCAAAUACAUGCGACCUCCUUCCAAAGACGGGAGCUAUGUGAAUUUAUAUGACAGCUGUGUGGAUGAUACCUGGAACCCAAAGAUCUUUGUGGUUUUUGAUGCCAACCAAAUCUAUCCUGAAUACUUGAUAGACUUUCAUUGAUUUCACUUCCAAAUCUCAGUGGUCAAGGAAGCUUUAUUCUUUUUUGCAGGAAGAUUUGCUCUUCAGUCAUCUAGCCACUAAAUGUUAAUUAUCUGAUACUUUUGAAACAGAUAUGAAAAACAAGUGGCCUCCAUAUAAAAAGACAUACUGACUCUAAGGUUGGUUUUUGUUGUUUUGUUUUUGCCUGUUUCUUGUAGUCUUGUUUGUUAAAAAUUGAUAUCAUUGAUGUUUUAAUACGUAGGGGUGAAAGAUACCAUUCAAAAUGGAAUCAGCUGAGUCUCAACUAAUGUGGUCAUUGAGAUAUUUAAGGUUUACGUGUGUGUUAUCAGGAUAAAUGAUUUUAGUUUAAAUGGACUUAUUCGUAUAAAUGUUGAAAAAAA